AUGUUAUCAUCUGGUACUGAAUUGAAACGUUUACAUAGGUUUUUAGCCAUGACUUCAAUAUUUUCUAUUGAUUUUGAAGAAUGUCUCAAAGAUAGUCCCUAUUUUCGUUCUCAAUUGCGUCGUGCGACUAGUCAUAUUGAAACACUCGAAGAACGUUUUGAACAAAUGUCUAGGACUUGUAAUACUGUCAUUACAACGGGCAAAUCUUUUGUACAAGAAUUUCAAAAAUUUCUCAAAUGUAUAUAUGAUGUACGUGAAUUAUUUUCAUCCGAUGAAAUUGCAUACAAAAGUUUAGCAAAAUUUGGAGAAUAUUUACGUGAAAUACAAUCAUUAUUUUCUGGUUUAAUAGAACAAACCACUCAUAGUGUAUUACGCACUUUAACACGCAUGAUAAAAGAAGAUAUUAGAAAGGUGAAAGAUCAAGGAAAAAUGUUUGAACGUCUCAGCAAUGAUUAUGACAUAGCAUUGCAAAAGAAUGCCGAUGCAUCUAAAAUGAAAACAUCGUUAUGUGAUGAUACAAGUAAAAUAUUAAUAGCUACAAGAAGUUGUUUUGGACAUACAUCUAUUGAUUAUACUUAUCAUAUAAACAUAUUAUUUGAUCAACAUAAAGUGGAAUUAAUUGAAUUAUUAUUAUCCUAUAUAAAUAUACAUAAAGCAUUUUUCCAUCAGGGACAUGAACUUUUCUUAGACUCUGAAAAAGAUUUUACUGCUAUAUCACAACAGCUUUCAAAAAUGCGUCAAGAAAAUGUUGUAAAACAGAAGAUACUUGAGAAGAAACACGAUAGUAAUCAACGAAAAUGUAAUUUGGAUGAUACAGAUAAUAUUGUUAAUAGCGGUGCUCUACUAUCAGUGGGAAGUGAAAUACCAAGAAAUUUGUCUCAUCAAAGUUUAAACAAUUUACCGUCAACAGCGAAUGUAACAGUAUCUGGAGGUGAUAGCGGAAAAGAAGGAUACUUAUUUAAACGUUCACAUAACAAAUUUAAAACAUGGAGCAGACGAUGGUUUUUAAUAAAAAAUGGACAAUUAUUAUACAUGAGACGUAGUGCAUCGAAAGAUACUGAAAAUGAACAGUCUAUUAUGGUACCAGAUCUUCGAAUUUGUACCGUAAGACUAGUGACAGAUAACGAUAGACGAUUCGUAUUUGAAAUACUUUCGCCUAAUGGCUCACAUUUAUUACAAGCAGAUUCCCAAACUGAGUGUGAUCAAUGGAUCAAUUCACUUCAAUUGGCAAUAACAGAUUCAUUCAAAUCAUUACCGCUAAAUGGAAAUGAUACAUUAACAACAACUCUCAAGACAUCAUAUGAAGACAAUUCAAGUGCAAUUUUACAAGCAAAAAUGGAAUUGAAGCAAAAAAUGAUAAAAGAGAAAAUUGAAUAUGUACGUAAAAUGCCUGGGAAUGACGUAUGCUGUGAUUGUGAUGCAGAAAAUCCAGAAUGGGCUAGUAUCAAUAUUGGAAUUAUUCUUUGUUUACAAUGUUGUGGAGCACACAGAGGAUUAGGUGUUAGUUUAUCUAAAGUACGUUCACUUCAUAUGGACUCAUGGGACUUGGAAACGUUAUUAGUCAUGUCAGAAUUGGGCAAUACCAUUGUGAACAGUAUUUAUGAAGCAAAUAUGAAUGGUGUAAUAAAAAUCACUUGUAUCUCUCUCUGUUCAAGUGCCAUUCGACGUUCAUUUAUUGAAUCAAAAUAUGUUCAAAAAACUUAUUUAAGACCAUUACCAAGUUACAAUCAAAUACAACAGCAAACACGUUUACAAACUUAUUCGUCAUUAAAUAAUAAUUCAUCUGCAAUCAAACGAUGGUGUAAUCCAUAUUCGUCACACGUUGAAACAGAAAAUGUUCAUCCGAUCACUAAUCAUUCAUCAUGUUGGGACCCAAAUAUUUAUUUAUACGAAGGGGCCAAACAGCGAAAUGUGACAAUUAUGUUACAUGCUUUAGCUCUUGGAGCUGAUAAAAAUUACAUUCAUCCAUUUGAUAAUAAUCGUACACCACUUAUACAAGCAAUCGAGAGUAGAUCUGUGCCAGCUGCCGAAUUUCUUCUUGUGAAUAAUGCUAAAGUAAAUUUAGCCGAUAGAGAUGGCAAAACACCGCUUCAUUUUGCGACAAUGUUGGCCAAUAUAGGACGAGGACCGAUCAUUUUGCUGCUAAAAAGAGGAGCUGAUCCGUUGUUGAAAGAUAACAGUGGCAUCGAUUCCUGCGCUGCAUCGAUGGAGAUUGGAGAUCCUGAUGUGAUAACAUGGUACCGUUUAAUAUCUUUGCACAAACAAGAGCUUGAAGAAGAUCCAGAUGCUGAAAAAAGUUAUAUAUCGAUAUUAGAUGAUCCUGUUUAUAUGAAAGAGAUUGCUCGUUCACCGUCUGUUUCUGCUGAAGAUAGAUGA